AGUUUGAAUGUGGAAAAAGUAUCUUUAAGAGAAGGUCUCAUCAGACCCCUCUCUUACAAUACUCAUGAAUCUCACCUACUGCGAAAGGAUGGUCUCAUGAGAUAUUCUCUCCUCAUGAAGAUGGGUACGGAUCAACAUGUACACGUCAUCCACUAAUUUCUUUCGUUCACUUUCAAAAAAUAGUGUGGGUGAAUUAUUGAGGUAUCCUUGAUAUCUUGUGGAGCUCAACUAGGAAUAAAGAAACCAAGUUCGGGAUCCAGGCUGAAUUUCCAAGUGCAGAACAAUCCAUAAGUAUAACUGAGAUUGCAGUUGGCAUUUGGCAAGUGGAAAAGCGGAUCGUGAAAAUACCACCUCAUUGCUUAUCAAUUGACUUUGGAGCACAUAAUCCAUAUUAUGCUGACCUCAAUGGGUUUAUAUAGUCUAUUUAGGAGUCAGCCAUAUUCAUGAUCCUACUCUCACUUCAAAAUACCAUCACCAACUGCUUUCCAAUGUAUUUGCAAGUGAAGAAGAUGCUAAGCAAUCCAUACUCUAUAGCUACAAGCAUAGCUUCUCAGGCUUUUCAGCAAAGCUCAAUUCAACACAAGCAACUUCUUUAGCCAAGAUGGAAGGAGUGAUAUCAGUGUUUAGGAGCAAGACACUGCAGUUGCACACAACAAGAAGUUGGGACUUUUUAGGCCUUACCUUGGAUAGUAAAGUGACUCCAUGGCAGCUAGCCUUCGGUGAUGAUAUUGUAGUUGGGGUCUUUGAUACAGGUAUAUGGCCUGAAUCUGAAAGUUUCCAAGAAGGGCCUCGCAUGAGGCCAAUUCCACCAAAUUGGAAAGGAGAAUGUGUAAAAGGUGAAAGGUUUGACCCUGCAAAAGACUGCAACCGGAAGUUAAUUGGUGCCCGUUACUACCUCAAAGGUUUUGAAUAUGAUUAUGGACCACUAAGUAAGAGUGGCAACCCAGAAUACCGAUCACCUCGGGACUUUCUUGGCCAUGGUACACAUACAGCUUCAACAGCUGUAGGAUCCAUAGUGAAAAAUGCAAGUUUCUUUGGUUUAGGUCAGGGCAUUGCCAGGGGUGGAGCACCUAGAGCUAGACUAGCAGUGUACAAAAUAUGUUGGGGAAAGAAAUUUGUAGGCAAGUGCUCUGAAGCAGAUAUAUUAGCAGCCUUUGAUGAUGCUUUGCAUGAUGGAGUUCAUGUUAUCUCAGCUUCAUUUGGUGAAAGUCCACCUUUUCGUCCUUUUUUUGAAUCAAAAGCAGCAAUAGGUUCAUUUCAUGCCAUGCAACUUGGUAUUACUGUAGUAUUCUCAGCAGGUAAUAAUGAUAAUGAUGAGCCUGAUCCGUCUCUUGUACAAAAUGUUCAACCAUGGUCCAUUUCAGUGGCUGCAUCUUCUAUUGAUCGAAUGUUUCCAACCCAGGUACUCCUGGAUAAUACUCUCUCUACGAUGGACCUCAUGGGAGAAAGCUUUAUUACCACUGAGGUUAAGGGAAAAUUGGCAGAUUCAAGAAUAUAUUUUCAAGAUGGGAUUUGUGAUCGGGACUAUUAUAAUACUACACUAAACAAAUCAGCCGCAGGAAAGGUAGUCCUAUGCUUCUCCACCAUUGGAUCAGAAUUAAGUGGAGAAGCAGUAGCAGCAGUGAAGAUGGCCAAUGGGUUGGGCUUGAUCUUUGCUGCACCUAUGACUAUGCAGAUUCCUUAUGUUGAAAUCAUCCCCACAGUUCUUGUCAACAUUGAGCAAGGGAGUAAACUUAAAGACUAUCUUGCUCAAUCUCCUAGGUUCCCUGCAGUGCAGAUAAAACCAACUAAAACCAUAAUUGGAAAGACACCAGCACCUACAGUUGCAACCUUUUCUUCUAGAGGACCAAGCUCAAGAACACCCGAUAUCCUCAAGCCGGAUGUAAGUGCUCCAGGAGUAAAUAUACUAGCAGCAUGGCCUACUGAUACUUCACCAACAUUGUCACCAAGUGAUAAACGUUCUGUGAAGUGGAAUUUUCAGUCAGGAACAUCAAUGUCAUGCCCUCAUGUGUCUGGUGCUGUGGCCCUUAUCAAAUCAGCACAUCCAAACUGGUCCCCAUCUGCCAUUAGAUCUGCUCUCAUGACAACAGCUUGCACUAGGGACACAACCUUUGACAGCAUUCUAGCUGGUGGAUCAAUGAAAGUUUCUGAUCCCUUUGACAUUGGCGCCGGUCACAUUGACCCCUUCAAAGCAAUGGAUCCAGGGCUAGUUUACGACAUGAAAACCAGCGAUUACAUACUCUUCCUUUGCAAUAUGGGUUACACCCAAGAAAACAUAGAGAAAAUUGUUCUUCCCUCUGCUGGAUUGGAAACAUGCUGUCCAAAGGUACAUAAAACCAACACAAACAUAAAUUACCCAUCAAUCACAGUUUCAAAUCUAGAAUCAACAAUGACAAUCAAAAGGACUGUUCGUAACGUGGGACAAAACAGGAAUGCCAUUUACUUUGCCAACAUUGUUAAGCCUAAUGGGGUUGAGGUAGUUAUAUGGCCUAGAAUUUUAUUCUUCUCAUGGUUCAAUGAAGAGAACUCCUAUUAUGUGACUCUCAAACCACGGAAGAAGUCUCAAGGGAGGUAUGAUUUUGGAGAGAUAGUUUGGUCAGAUGGCUUCCAUCAUGUAAGGAGUCCAUUGGUUGUACUGGUUAACACUACUACUGUUGAUUAUAGUGAUUCCAUAACACAAGCUAGCACAAUUUAAGCUCAAUUGUUACUCAAGUGAAGCUUUUGCUAUGUAAGUUUGCAAGCUUACACAUUUGGCUGUUUUGCCAUCUAUCCUAAUAACUAUGAUGAAGUCUCAUGGCUUCGUCUUCUUGGAAAUUGAAUGUAUAUCUUCAUAAAAAGCUUAUUGUGCUCUACCUAAUUGUAAUACAUACAUAAACAAGGUAUUGGGUAUA